UUGUCAGUUUGGGAGUCUACUGUACAUGCACCAAAUCACCUUCGACUAUUACGUACUAUUUCAGGAAAAGAAGGUCCACCGGGAGUGCCUGGAGUGGAUGGCUUGCCUGGUGCACCUGGCCGGAAAGGAGAAGAUGGUUUCCCAGGACAGCCCGGAGUUGAAGGUCAAAAAGGAGAGGCUGGAUUGCCUGGAGCAUCUGGACAGCCGGGAACACCGGGGCCACAUGGGUUCCCUGGACAAAAAGGAAUGAAUGGAAUCCCUGGCGUACCAGGAAACAAAGGUGACGCCGGACUGCCUGGCUUACCUGGUCAACACGGAGCAAAGGGCAAUGCUGGUCUCCCCGGUGUACCCGGGUCACCUGGUAUGAAAGGUAACGCCGGAGUGCCUGGAGCUCCUGGACAAAAUGGACAUCCCGGUUCGCCUGGUAUGAAGGGCGAUCGCGGUUUCAACGGGAUCCCUGGGGAAAAGGGUGAACCUGGACCUGCAGCACGCAAUGGACCAAAAGGAGAUCAAGGACUGCCUGGACAACCAGGAAUCAGAGGGCCUCAAGGUCCACCUGGGCUCCCUGGUCUCUUAGGAAUGAAGGGAGAUUCAGGGCUGCCAGGAUAUGGGCAACCUGGACUAAUUGGUGAGAAGGGAUUAGCUGGAGUGCCGGGGAAAAUGGGACGACCCGGAACACCGGGACCACCAGGACAAGACGGUCUACCAGGAUUCCCCGGUCUCAAAGGCGAACCGGGAUAUCCCGGUCGACCCGGAGCCACUGGCAAAGACGGAAUGCCCGGUCUCCCAGGUCUCAAAGGAGAUAUUGGCGCUUCUGGAGCGCCUGGACUGCCAGGAUCACCGGGACAGCCCGGAGGAGCGGGGAUACCUGGCAUAAGAGGUGAUAAGGGGCAAUCUGGUUUGCCCGGACUUCCAGGUGAUCGUGGACUCGAUGGCGUUCCUGGCUUCAAAGGAGAUAGCGGUUAUCCCGGUCAACCUGGACCUCGUGGAGCACCCGGCCCGAAGGGUAACGCUGGCGCACCAGGCUUCCCAGGUCUGAAAGGAAAUGCAGGACUUCCUGGCCACGACGGCCUUCCUGGGAUGCCCGGAAUCAAAGGUGAAGCGGGGCUUCAGGGACAGCCAGGCCGCGAUGGAGUAGACGGAAUACCAGGAGAAAGAGGACUUGUUGGAUCACCUGGUUUACAAGGACUGCCUGGACAAGCAUUCGAUGGACCUCAAGGACCCCCAGGAAUCUCAGGUUUCCCAGGAAAAGACGGCCUUCCUGGCUUACCAGGACUCAAGGGCGACUCUGGCCAGCCUGGUUAUUCUGGUGCACCAGGUCUUAAGGGAGAAGGCGGUCUUCCAGGCUUCCCAGGACAAAAAGGAGAAGCAGGAAAACCAGGAAUCCCAGGAAAACGAGGCGGAGACGGCUACCCCGGAGCGCCAGGGAAAGACGGUCUGCCUGGUCUUCCUGGUGUUAAGGGAGAAACGGGCUUGCUGGGCCCUCAGGGACCACCCGGCAUUCCUGGUCUACCUGGCACCAAAGGUGACGUUGGCCUUCCUGGAUUUCCUGGUCAGAAAGGAGAAAGCGGUUUACCUGGUCUCCCCGGUCAACCUGGCCUUCCUGGAAUCAAAGGAGAUUCUGGCUUUCCUGGAGAACCAGGUCGUGAAGGGCAACCGGGUAUGGACGGUCCACAAGGGCCGCCCGGACUACCGGGACCAAGUAGUAGAACUGUUCCCGGACAAAAAGGAGAGCCUGGUCUUCCUGGAGUUCCAGGGAUACGUGGGGAGAAAGGUUUCCCCGGUCUUGACGGCCCUCCUGGAGUCGACGGGCCACCUGGGAUCACUGGGUCGCGUGGGAGUGAUGGUUUCCCUGGUCAGCCUGGCUUACCAGGUGAGAAAGGCGCUGCAGGGACUCCAGGGCUCCCGGGCCUUGACGGUGCUCCUGGAGGACCUGGCGCGCCUGGAUAUCCUGGUGCACCCGGGCCAGCUGGUCCUUCAUACAGAGAUGGUUUCCUACUUGUGAAACACUCGCAAACUACGGACAUUCCUCGCUGUCCUGAAGGUCAUACUAAAUUGUGGGACGGCUACUCGUUGUUGUACAUCGAAGGAAAUGAGAAAUCCCAUAACCAAGACCUUGGUCAUGCUGGUUCGUGUCUGCAACGCUUUUCUACCAUGCCGUUUUUGUUCUGCGAUUUCAAUAAUGUAUGCAACUACGCAUCACGAAACGACAAGUCGUACUGGCUUUCAACCACCGCACCGAUUCCUAUGAUGCCCGUUAGUGAAGGAGAAAUCGAGCGCUACAUUUCACGGUGUUCUGUCUGUGAGGCGCCAGCGAAUGUGAUCUCUGUUCACUCUCAAACAAUCCAAAUUCCUAAUUGUCCCACCGGCUGGAAUAGUCUUUGGAUUGGAUACUCAUUCGCAAUGCAUACGGGAGCGGGAGCCGAAGGAGGAGGACAAUCACUCAGGUUAGUCAAACACUAA